GUUGAUCCUUUUUAAUUCCGACGACAUUUGCUACUCAUUUUGCGUCAAUACGACGUCGCACUGGUGUUUAUCUUCUUCUUGUUUCAUCUCUCUCCCCUCCUCGAAAACCAAAGUCUCUCCAGUCUUUUCUGUGUUUCACUUCCAUUCUUCAAAUUCAAUUCUCAGCCUUUCACGAUCCCCGUAUUUGGAAUUGAGAUUGCAUUUACUGACACUGGUAGCAUAUGGGUUGGAACGAGGCACCUGGGUCGGGGCAGCAAACCGGCCCGAGCGGGGGAGAACCGGGUCCAAGCAGCAUCAGCAGCGACCCGGGCGCGGCACGGCGGUUCCCGCCGGCGGCUCAGCCGGAGAUCAUGAGAGCCGCCGAAAAGGACGACCAGUACGCCUCCUUCGUCUACGACGCUUGCCGCGACGCCGUCCGCCACCUCUUGGGUACGAGAGUUUCUGUAGCUUACCAGAACGAGACGAAGCUUCUUGGGCAAGUGCUUUAUUACGUUUUGACAACAGGGUCCGGCCGGCAGACACUUGGGGAAGAGUAUUGCGACAUCACUCAGGUUGCAGGACGUUAUGGACUGCCUCCGACCCCGGCAAGGCGGGCACUUUUCAUUGUGUACCAGACAGCUCUUCCUUAUAUUGCAGAACGAAUUAGCUCUAGAGCUGCUAACCGUGGCAUAGCCCUUGCUGAUUCCGAAGUGCUCUAUGGCUACAGUGCUUCAUUGAGCAAUGAUGCUCAAUCUUCUUCAACUAUUCAUGCUUCAACUGCCUCUACAUCUGGGCCAUCUGUUUCAGCUUUGAGAAGAUUAAAAGAGAAGUUCAACGGGUUAUGGAUUUCGUUAGUCCGGCGAUGGCCUACGGUGCUUCCUAUAGCUCGAGAAUUUUUGCAAUUGGUUAUUCGUGCUAACCUCAUGUUCUUUUACUUUGAAGGCCUUUUCUACCAUAUAUCAAAACGAACAGCAGGUAUUCGUUAUGUGUUCAUCGGAAAACCAUCUAACCAAAGGCCCAGAUACCAAAUUUUAGGCGUAUUUCUAUUGAUUCAGCUUUGUAUCAUAGCUGCUGAAGGACUGAGGCGCAGCAAUUUAUCCUCUAUUUCAAGUUCAGCUCGUCAGACUUUUGGUACACACCAAACUUCUGCAGGUCGAGAUUUGCCUGUGUUAAAUGAGGAAGGUAAUUUGAUAUCUGCGGAUGCUGCCAAGGGAAGUUGGGUCUCUGAAUCUUCAGCUUCAGAGUCUCAGGCCAGCGGGACCAGCAAAUGCACACUCUGUUUGAGUAAUCGCCAAUACCCAACAGCCACACCUUGCGGUCACGUAUUUUGCUGGAGCUGCAUUAUGGAAUGGUGCAACGAAAAGCCAGAAUGCCCUCUCUGCCGGACUCCCAUAACUCAUUCGAGCCUAGUUUGCUUGUACCAUUCAGAUUUCUAGCAUUUGAUCGUGCCAUCGUAAUCAACCACAGCAUUCGCCAUUCGGUAAACAGAAACAAAAAACCGACUUGCAGUGAAGCAACUUGUCCUCGAAUUAUAUGAUAAAUAGGUUAGGAACGGACGCACCACCUAUGUGCCUUUUAGAAGUUAGAAUGGUGCCUAUAAACCUGUAAUGUCGUCGGCACGCAGUUGAGUUCGCAUGUCACCUGAGAAAAUGAAAUACUUCUCCCCGGCCUGUUGUGGCCGCGCUUAACCGCAGUGUUGAUAUUUGAUGCAGUUGUAAUUUUUCUUUUUACAAAUGUUAUUUUGUUCUAAAUUAAUCUAAACUGCAUCAAGGAAAAUUGAAACUCGGGUGCACUAGUAGAGCGUAUUCACUCUAUCCAAUGAGAUCGCACUUAUGUACGCAAUGAAACUCGGGUACUUUUUUUUAUUUUUAUUUUUUAAAAUAUUAGAAGUAAUAUUACUAUUUUUAAGUUACACUUAAAAAGUGGAGGGGGCGUUUUGAGUUCAGAACUCAUGGUUGAAGAAGACGACCUUAUCCAUAAGGGGUGGAUAUAACUCAAGUAUUAAUUUUUCCUUUUUGACAAGUAAUAGAAUAUCCACGA